AUGAGGUUUACAACUCCCUCAUUCGUUUCGACGGCGCUCGUCGCCUCCGUUUGUGCAACAGGCGCCCUCGCAGCGCCCGCUCUCGACACUCACCAGCUCAUCUACCCCUCGGCAGCUCCCUCUGGCCUCGAGGCUUUGACCUUUGGCCUCUCCGCCAAGCUCUCCUCCGCAUUCAACGGCUUCCUCUCGCACCUCUCGCAGCCCGUUGCCACCUUUGAGGACGAAGGCAAGACCAUCUGGGACGUCAUCAACGACUCGGAUGAGUUUUCGCAGCUCGCUCACAUCCUCAACUACUCUUCCGAUGCCACCAAGGACAUCCUCAAGAAGAAGCAAGACCUUACCCUCUUUGCACCUCUCAAUUGGCACCACCAUCGCGAUGGUGGUCACGACGACAAAGAAGCCUUCCAGGACACCUCGUUCGGCCCUGCCUCGAUCCAGCAAUGGGACAACAUCCAGAAGCAGAUCGCCGACUACGAGCGUGACUUCAGCGUCGCCGCCACUCAACACGAUGACGACAAGGACAAGAAGCAUCGUCGCGAGCUCAUUCGUCACCUCAUCGACGCUACCGCCCUGUACCAUCUGGUUCGCUCGGAUACGGUGCUCGACGCCAAGGCCAUCGCCGACAACUCGAGUGUCGCCACUUGGCUCAACACCGGCAAGUCUCACCCUAACAACGCCGGCACCGACUGGAGGGUGAGGACGGGCAAGAGCCUCCUGCCUCUCCCCGCCGUCUACCUAAAUUUCUACUCUCGCGUUGUCAAGCCAGACAUCCGUACCAAGAAUGGUCUCAUCCACGGCAUCAAGUAUCCCCUGGUCCUACCCCCCGACGUCCUGCAGAGCUUGUUCUACGGUCAGACCACCUCCUCCACCACCACCUCGGCUCUGCAGAAAGCUCAUGUCGCGAAGUACCUCACCUACCGCCCUGGACACUCGCACCACCACCACGGCCACGGCAAAGCCGCUGGUCUGAUCGACGCGUGGCACCACGAGUCCAACGACACCAAGCACUUUGACGGCGUGCCAGCUGAAACCAUCUUUGUGCCCACCAACCUGGCUUGGUCGCGCCUGCCCUUCAUCUUCCGCGCGUACCUCUUCUCGCCCUGGGGUACCGAAUUGCUGCAGAAGAUCUUCAUGCUCCACUCGUUGCCCUCGGACAUCGUCUACGCCGACUUUGUCCACCACGUCUCGCACCGGGGCAAGGCGGCCCCCGAAGCCGUCCACACUACGGUCGGACACGCCAAUAAGACCUCCUACACGUUCGACUCGGUGCUGCCCAAGAUCAACGGCACCAAGGGCGAGUUCGAGACGGUCGACGUCGACGUUUACCGUUACUACCUACUUCCUGGUAACAAGGGCCCGCUUCAGACUAGGAUCGUGGCACAGAACGUGUCGGUCAUCCUGCAGGAUAUUCCUGCCUCGAACGGAGUGUUCCACUACGUCGACAAGUUUUUUAUGCCUAAGGGCCACCCUCACAAAGGUGUUUGGGCCGAAGUCGCCGCAGCCGCCGAGCAAGCAGGAUUUGGAAGCGUCGAUUUGAUUGCCGAGGCCCAGGCUGGCAAAUGGAUCCCUUUCGAGCAGCUGAUGAGCCAAUAUGAGGUGGAAGAUGGCCUCUUGCCAUGGCAAGAUCGUGCAAGCCUCGCCUCGGCCAACAACAAGCAAGCAAACAGCCAGCCGUCCAACAGUCCCUCGAACAGUGUCAAAACACCCUUUUUGACAGGUGUCCACCACCCGACCAACGAUAGUGCCUCUGCUACAAGCAUUCCUCUUUUGAAUUUCAACAACACCACCACAAAUCACAGCACUCCUUCUGCUGCUGCUGCCGUCAAGCCCAUCUCUCUGCGAGCUCACCUUGAAGCCGCCAUCUCGAACCCUUCGUCCACGUCUGCGCAAGCGAACUUGCUGAAGCAACUUCAGACUACCUUGGCCGCCAUCCGUCCUUCGUCCCAUUCACACGCCGUCGCUACUCCUCCCUCUAGCACGGUUCACUCCACCACGCCUGCCCAACAGCAUACCUUUGCUCGAGUGCCUAGCAUCACCCCUGCUGCUGUCGCUUCUGCCUUAGCUGCUGCUGCCGCUGGACGUCGUCACACUCUGCCUUCUACCCCCGUUGCCAAUUCUGCCGCCGCCAUCACCACCUCCCACGUGACAAAGGCGCAGACCCAACGGUUAGAACAGAUCCGAUACUAUCAACAGCUCAUCGCCCAGCUCAACGCCACGAUGCCUGCUUCUGCUGAUAGCUCGGUCCCGACGCUGCCCUUCGAGGCGCGUCCCAUGGACUCUGUCAAGACCGACGGCACCGGUUUCAACGCCGCUGCCUUCGGUCUCAACCCCAUGUCUGCUGAUGACCCUUCGUGGAUCGGACACGGAUUCCAGGCCCAGGCCGCCGACGACUUCCUCUCUUCACCAGAGUGGACCGACCCGUCGCCUGCGCUCACUGACUCGAUGUCUUUCGAGAUCGACUCGUGCGGCCCUAGCCCGCUGCUGCCCCUCGACAGCUACGAGGACGACCUCGGAGUGCCCGGCAUUGCCGGUGCACCCCUGUUCCCCCCUCAGGAUGGCUACGCCUCGUCCAACGUGAGCCCUCUCGAGCUCGCUCACCACGACUUUGGCGCCUCCACCGUCGGUGACUUCGGCGCCCCCGAGAUGGGCUCCGACUUCACCCUCUUCCCCGAGACUAAGCCUGUCAGGCUUCCCAUUGAGAUGGCGUUCAGCAAGCUCAACAAGCCUGCCGCAGGCACCGGCGCCUCUGCCGAGGACCCCGCCAUGACCUUGCUUCGUGCCCUGAGCAGUGCUGCGCUCUCCAACUCGUCGAGCACCGCCAGUGUCGCCGUCACCAACACUACCACGUCGAUGGCCUCUUCGACCCCGGCCCUCACUGCCUCCCCGCUGGCCUUCACCUCGAUGGCCGCUCCCCUAGCCCCUGCCCCUGCCUCAACGGCAUCGGCUCCGGCACUCGCCCCUGCUCCCCCGAGCUCGGAGUCGAGCCGACCUGCUCUGGAGCGAAGGAGCUCGUCGAUGUCGUCGUCGUCGUCUUCCACCAAGGCGGCUACCACCGACCCUCGAGGCACCAAGCGACGCGUGGACUCGAUCGACCUCCUGCCUCUGGACGCUCCUAUCCAGAAGCGAACCUACUACGCGGUCUCCGCUACCUCGCGACGAGACACUGCUCCCGCCGCCGAAGUGGACGAGUUUGCCGAGGAGGAGGCCGCCAUCCGACGCGAGAAGGACCCUCGUGUGGCUAAGCGUCUCUCGAACACGCUGGCCGCCCGUCGAUCUCGUCACCGAAAGGCGGAGGAGCUUCGUCUGCUCCACGAGAAGAUCGAAGCGCUCUCCGGCGAGGUCGAGUCGUGGAAGCGACGAUGCGAGCUUGCCGAGAAGGAGAGGGACGAUGCACGAGCGCUACUGUCAUAG